GCCUUUUGUCUAGCACUAGAAACUUGCUUUUUUAAAACCCUCGUUGGGGAGGGCUAGAGCGCGAUGCCUCUUGGAUGAUGCUGGUGAGCGUAGCGUGGCCUUCCUCUCGAUUAGAUCUAUCGCGCAUCGCGCUGUUCGCCAUCGUCAGCUCGCCUCCAGCGAAUCGAGUGUUGCUUCCAAGAGCGCGUCACACAGCACCGAAAAAGAUCACGCAUCGGACGCUGUGUGUGACGAGCUCGGCAAUACCGCUCGCGGAGCAUUCUUCUCUGGGAGUGGCGCCUCUGCCGAUCGAAGACGAGGUUUCCACACAGGACGACGUCUUGAAAUCACACCAAGGAUCGUCCGACUCCAUUGUUUUUCGCGUCCACGAGGAUAGGUACAAUGGAGUCAUCGUUGAUCCCGACAGCCUACCAGCCGAUGUUCCAACUUUCGUUGAUCGAUUGGAGAGAUCUCUUGCAUCUUGGCGAGAGAAGCAAAAAAGAGGUGUUUGGCUCAAGUUGCCCAUAGAGAAAUCCAAUCUCGUUCCACACGCGAUUGAGGCAGGAUUUAGAUACCACCAUGCGGAGCCAACGUAUUUGAUGCUCACGCACUGGCUUGCCGAUUCUCCCUGCACGCUGCCAGCGAAUGCCUCACACCAAGUUGGAAUUGGAGCAUUCGUCGUGAACGACAGAGACGAGGUUCUCGCGGUCCAGGAGAAAAAUGGACCGCUGAAAGGCACAGGGAUUUGGAAAAUGCCCACAGGAUUGAUCAACCAGGCCGAGGACAUUUUUGCGGGUGCUAUACGAGAAGUCAAAGAAGAAACUGGGAUCGACACGGAGUUCGUAGAAGUCGUGGGUUUUAGGCAGGGUCAUCACGUGGCCUUCGAGAAGUCGGACUUGUUCUUCGUGUGCGUUCUUAGACCUCUCUCGUCGCAGAUAACCAAGCAAGACUCGGAAAUCGAGGAUGCCAAGUGGAUGCCAUUGUCAGAAUUUGGAGCCCAGGAUUUCUUCCAGAGCCGGAGCAUGCUCAAGAAGAUCCUGGAAGUUUGCAUCGCGAGCAAAGAGAAACAGUACAGUGGCUUUGGCUCGCGGGCGAUGAGCACGGGCUUUCAGCGCAAACUCUCCCACUUCUACUUCAAUACCGCCCAAAUGGGCAAGCUUUAAAAAUUUGUAAAUAUUCGUAGAAUAUGCUAGUGCUUCGCGGGCAUAAGCUCCACCGUCGAUUUAA